GCGGGGAUCUGGUCGGCUCAGAACGGAGAGGAGGCGGAGUCACAGAGAGUUUGAGCAUUUUUGUCCAAUCAAAAGGAGCCGGUAGGAGCAGGGGAGAUAAAGCGGGAGCCGGAGCCAGAAAAUCCUGCCCAGUUACCGCAGCCAGCCGCUAGAGCUGCAGCUUCUGCCCACCGAAAGCGGCCGAGUCCUAGGCCUACUCCAGCAAUGGCCUUCGCAAGUCUGCGCAAAGUACUCAUCAGUGACAGCCUGGACCCUUGCUGCCGGAAGAUCCUGCAAGAUGGAGGGCUGCAGGUGGUGGAGAAGCAGAACCUGAGCAAAGAGGAGCUGAUAGCGGAGCUGCAGGACUGUGAGGGCCUUAUCGUCCGAUCAGCCACCAAGGUCACUGCUGAUGUCAUCAAUGCAGCUGAGAAGCUCCAGGUGGUGGGCAGAGCUGGCACAGGUGUAGACAACGUGGAUCUGGAGGCUGCCACAAGGAAAGGCAUACUGGUCAUGAACACCCCCAAUGGGAACAGCCUCAGUGCUGCGGAGCUCACGUGUGGUAUGAUCAUGUGCUUGGCCAGGCAGAUUCCCCAGGCAACGGCUUCAAUGAAGGGUGGUAAAUGGGAACGGAAGAAGUUCAUGGGAACAGAGCUGAAUGGAAAGACCCUGGGCAUUCUUGGCCUGGGCAGGAUUGGGAGAGAGGUGGCCACCAGGAUGCAGUCCUUUGGCAUGAAGACUGUAGGGUAUGACCCCAUCAUUUCUCCAGAAGUCUCAGCCUCUUUUGGUGUUCAGCAACUGCCCCUGGAAGAGAUCUGGCCUCUCUGCGAUUUCAUCACUGUGCACACGCCUCUCCUGCCCUCCACAACAGGCUUGCUGAACGACAGCACCUUCGCCCAGUGCAAAAAGGGCGUGCGUGUGGUGAACUGUGCUCGUGGAGGGAUUGUGGACGAAGGUGCCCUGCUCCGGGCCCUGCAGUCGGGUCAGUGUGCAGGAGCGGCACUGGAUGUGUUUACAGAAGAGCCACCACGGGACCGAGCCUUGGUGGACCAUGAGAAUGUCAUCAGCUGUCCCCACCUGGGCGCCAGCACCAAGGAGGCCCAGAGCCGCUGUGGAGAGGAGAUCGCCAUCCAGUUUGUGGACAUGGUGAAGGGGAAAUCUCUAGCAGGGGUUGUAAAUGCGCAGGCUCUUACCAGUGCCUUCUCCCCACACACCAAGCCUUGGAUUGGUCUAGCAGAAGCUCUAGGGACACUGAUACGAGCCUGGGCUGGCUCUCCCAAGGGGACCAUCCAGGUGGUAACACAAGGCACAUCUCUGAAGAAUGCUGGCAGUUGUCUAAGCCCUGCAGUCAUUGUCGGCCUCCUGAAAGAAGCUUCCAAACAGGCGGAUGUGAACUUGGUGAAUGCCAAGCUGCUGGUGAAAGACACUGGCCUCAAUGUUACCACCUCUCACAGCCCUGUGGCACCAGGGGAACAGAGCAGCGGGGAAUGUCUCUUGACCGUGGCCUUGGCAGGUGCUCCUUACCAGGCUGUGGGCUCAGUCCAGGGCACCACGCCUGUACUUCAGGUGCUCAACGGAGCCGUAUUCAGGCCAGAAGUGCCCCUCCGCCGGGGCCUGCCCCUGCUCAUGUUCCGUGCUCAGCCCUCCAACCCUGCAAUGCUGCCUACCAUGAUUGGGCUCCUGGCACAGGCAGGUGUGCAGCUGCUGUCCUACCAGACUUCAAUGGCGUCCAAUGGGGAGACCUGGCACGUCAUGGGCAUCUCCUCCCUGCUGCCCACCCUGGAAGCCUGGAAGCAGCAUGUGUCUGAGGCCUUUCAAUUCUGCUUUUAACCUUGGAACUCACUGACCCUCGUGGGGCUUUUCUGAAGAAACCUGCCCAAUGUGAGCCAUAGGAAGAGGAGAUCCACAUUCCUGGGGCACAGGCCUCUGGCACCACUUUGCUGUACUAACCUGCAGUACAGCAAUAUAAUGAUGUAAUAAAGAGCAUCCC